AUUAAUGAACUAUUUGAUUUUUAGAAAAAUGAAGUCUCUAAGAACAUGCUUACGCAUUCAUCAGUCCGCUCUAAAUUCAUGUUGUUUAGUUAAACCUUGUUCCACUUACUCAAAUGAGAAACAGACACAUUUCGGAUUCAAAGAUGUCGGAGAGAAAGAAAAAAAAGAAGCGGUUUUAAAUGUAUUUCAUAGUGUUGCUGAUACGUAUGAUCUAAUGAACGAUGCAAUGUCUCUGGGAAUUCAUCGGGUCUGGAAAGAUGAAUUCAUGAAAACAUUAGCUCCUGGUCCCAGAACAAAGUUGCUUGAUGUGGCGGGGGGAACUGGAGAUAUAUCUUUCAGAUUCCUUGAUUAUGUUGGAAAGGAUGCUCUAAAUGCUGAGAACGGAGCACACGUGACAGUUUGUGAUAUUAAUAAAUCUAUGCUUGGUGUUGGAGAGGCUAGGGCACACAAAUUAGGGCAUAGUUCUGGAAUAAGCUGGGUGGAGGGGGACGCACAAGAACUUCCUUUUCCAGAUAAAUCAUUCGACUGCUACACUAUUGCCUUUGGUAUCAGGAACGUUGUACGAAUAGAUCUGGCCUUAACUGAAGCCUUUAGAGUAUUAAAACCUGGAGGUAGAUUUAUGUGUCUAGAGUUUAGUAAGGUUACUCCCCCUGAGCUUGAGAGCCUUUACGACUUUUACUCAUUCCAGGUGAUCCCUCCGAUGGGUAAACUGUUGGCAGGGGACUGGGACUCAUAUCAGUACUUAGUAGAAAGUAUCAGGAAGUUUCCUGACCAAGAAAAGUUUGCCGGAAUGCUGAAAAAUGCCGGAUUUCGUUUCGUGAAAUAUGAAAACUAUAGUUUUGGUGUAGCAGCUGUCCACUCAGGAUACAAGUUGUAAGAUAAAACAUUUUUCAACAUUUGAUAAAUUUUUACUAGGAGAUAAUUUGAAAUAUUCAUAUUUUCA